UAUCAAGCAGACUCCUUGAGAUAGAACUGUGUUCCUGACCCAUCUUGGCCUGCAGACUUACCACUCAGUGGGGCCUCUUGGUGCUGUUGUUACACAUGUUCUCAGAGAAAUGCUUAGAAUGGAAGGAGUGCCAGGUGUCUGGCAGGAAUCAUGAUAGCCACAGCAUGCUGAGCAUCUGUAAUGUGCCAAGGUCUGCUCUAUUUGCCUUACAAACAUCCUCUCAUGAAUCCCUGGAGCAGUCCUCCCAAGGUAUUUAGGAGUGUUGCCAUUUCACACUCACAUUUGUGAGAGCUUAAGGGAACUUGACCAGAGAAAGAAUCAGAUUCAGGAAUUGAUCCAGGUUUACCUGGCCCUAGUGCUCAUUUUCUGCACUAUACUACCUCUUGUGUAGACAUGUAGAGGGGAUUUAUUAUAACCCACAGGGACCAUUGCAUGACCAGCACUGAGCACAUAAACUACCUCCCAUAGAGUGAUGACUGGGCAGUGUUCUAUUCUGUACAUAGUCUCAGUUGGCUGUGCACAUCCUGAGUAAGCGUGCACAGGGUUGGCAGUAAAACUCAUCAGAUGGUGCCUGGGAGUCACAGUUUAGUUCAGAGCACUGGAGAUCCCCACCUUCCAGGUAGUAGAACACCAAAUGUGGAAAAUUCUGAACUGUUAAACCGUUGUUCUCCAGUCCUUGGUGGCUAAUUGGGCAAUCUGAAACAAAGCACUGCAUCUCCUGUUUACUGCUGGCUACAGAGAGAGAUUGAUCAUCCGCUGGUUCACUCCCUAAAUGUCUGCAGAGGAUAGACCUGGACCAGGCUGAAGCUGAGGGCCAGGAAAUUCAAUCCAGUUCAGCUGCCAAACAACAGCAAAGGCUCACAUCCGUAAUAAAGCAAAUCUCCAAAGGCUCCAGGACCAGAUAGGAGGUGAACCUGCUGUUCGGAAGAGACCUCAUGGGUAUAGAUUUCCAUCUUAGAGCCCAAGUUAUCAAUAUUAUAGGAAGACAGAAAAGAACCAGUAUGAAAGGUCAAGAGACAAUUAAAGCACAAGAUCUGAAUGAGAUAUUUAAUAUGAGCCAAGAAAAAAUUGAAAUAUUUGAAAGUGAUUUAUCAAAAGAGAAAAAGAAGAGAAAGCAAUUAGCAUGCAGUCUUAAUUCCAUACAGAAGGCUUUGAAAGUUAAAAGUGAGGAAUUAGAAAAAUCAAAAUCAGAACUUACAUUCCUGUAUGAUGAAAUUCAAAGUCUUCCAGGGGCAGUAGACAGCAGAGGCCAUUUUUUAACAGCGUAUGACCUGCUACAGAAAGAGAAUUCUGAAUUAGAAACAAAGGUCUUGAAGCUUUCACAAGAAUUUGAAAAUUUAAAUCAUUUUACUCUCGGGGGGAAAACUGCAAAUUUAAUUACAAGUGAGAAUACCUGUAAAGAUCUUGUGUCUAAAUUAUCAAUUUUGGAAAUAGAGAUUCAAAAUCCAAAGGAAGAAAGAGAGGAACUCUGUCCCACAUUAGGAGAAAGUGAGCAGAAGGAAGCUCCAGAGGAAUCAGGAGAGGAGGGCACUGCCUCAGCAGAGAGGCAGAAGGAAGAGGACUGCCAGCAGAAUCGAGAGAUGAAGGGUGAAGAACAGCCCUUGACCGUGAAGCCUGAGGAGGUUGUGAGGCUUAGAGAAGAGCUGAGCCAUAUCGAUCAGAGCCUCCUGCAGUCUCAGAGCUCUGGGGAUAGUUCAGAUGACAGUAGUGCCCAGUAUUCAUUGUCUGGAGAAAAACUAAAAUGCCAGCAGCAAGAGGAAGUACAGCAACUUCGCCAGAAUUUGCACCGGCUCCAGAUCCUUUGCAACUCAGCUGAGAAAGAGCUUCAGUAUGAGCGAGGAAAGAACUCGGACUUGAAGCAGCAUAAUAGUUUACUGCAGGAAGAGAGCAUUAAGAUGAAAAUUGAGCUACAGCAAGCCCAACAGAAGUUACUGGACAGCACAAAGAUGUACUCCUCCCUCACGGCAGAGUGGAAGCACUGUCAGCAGAAAAUCAAGGAACUGGAGCUGGAGGGACUCAAACAGGCUCAGAGCAUCAAAGCGCAGCGCACCCUGCAGGAAAGGCUGGCUCAGGAGAAAUCGAAGGCUGCCAGCGCAGAGGAAAAGAUUGUGGAACUGCAACAGAAACUGGAAUAUGCUCAGAAAAUCUGUCUCACAGACACUUGUAUUUUGAAGAAGAAGCAACUGGAGGAGAAGAUCAAAGAAGCACUAGAAAAUGAAGCUAAAGUGAAGCAACAGUAUCAGGAAGAACAACAGAGGAGGAAACUCUUAGAUCAGGAUGUCAGUGAGCUACAAAGACAAGUGAAGACCUUACAGGACAAAGAGAACCGCCUGGAAAUAACCAGUUAUCAGCAACAAUCCAGAAUUCAGCAACAAGAAGCCCUCCUUAAACAACUGGAAAAUGAGAAAAGAAAAUCUGAUGAGCAUAUGAAGAACAACCAGGAAUUGUCAGAGAAGCUGUCCAGGUUACAGCAGGAGAAGGAAGUUCUCUGUGAAGAGUACGGGCGAUUUCUGAAGCAGGUUGAUGUCCACGUGAGGAACUAUAACAGGAAGCAUCACCACAACAAAGUCAAGCUUCAGAAAGUCAAGGAGGAUUUUGUUCAGAAAGUAGAACUACAAGCGGAGAGAAUCAAACAACUUGAACAUGAAAUUGGAACACUGCAACAACAAAUGGAAAAGGAGAGGGCACUGCAGGACCAGAUCACUGCCCAGAAUGAUGUCCUGCUCCUGGAGAAAAGGAAACUUCUGGAGCAGGUGACAGAACAAGAAGAAGUGAUCCACAGCAACAAAUGGAUAAUAACUUCCAUCCAGAGCAGAGCACUUUUCCUGGACAAAGAAAAUAAGCAAUUACAGGAAAAUAGUCUUCGGCUCACCCAGCAGAUUAGCUUCUUAGAGCGCAUUAUACGAAGCAUCAAGAUUCGUGGAGGACAGGAAACAGAAAUCCCUGAACUUGAACUACUGAAGAACAUACUGCCUUUACCAAACUCCAGUGUUUUAGGAACCAGUUUGGGAGUUGGGAGUCUUCAAGAGACUGAAGAUAAUGUGUCGGAAGCAGCAAUGGCAGCCCCAGAGUCCCUUGAAUCUCCUUCACGUUUAAAAAGUCCCAAAGCUGGACAGAUAACUGAAGCUUCUGUAAAAGAGACACACAGCACGCCAGAACAGGAACACAAGUCAGGACUAUGACAUCACUGCUCUCCGAAGCUACACGGACCACACCUGCUCACUGAAAGUUUAGACACAAAACUGGACCGUGACAGAGAGAAGUACUGCAGGUCCCCACUUACAUCAACCAGAAGUCUUUAAAAACUACCGAUAUAUUUAUUAAAUCAGUUCUAAGAA